GACAAAUUCAAUCCCCACAUGAAAAUGAUGAUUUUAACGGAUUUUUGAAAAGCAAAAAAUACAGUUUUGCCCUACUUGCAAACUCCUCUCGUCACCCCUCCUCUCCUCUCCUCCACUUGCUGCAGAUUAGAAUAAACCCAACUUGCGUGAACUCUCAAAAUUCUCUUGCACUUGCUUUGCUUUGCUUUGCGUUGCGUUUCCUGCGAUUUUUCGUUGCCCUCUCUGUCUUGCCUCACCCAAAUUAGCUAGGGUUUCAUUUUUGGUAACUUCGUGGAGAUCUCUCAAUAUCAAACAACAAGUAUGAAAUCGAUAAUAUGCACAGACCGUACAUGUCCUUCACCAUUCAAUUACAAUUUCAAUUUCAAUUUUAUGCCUCCGGUAGCAUCAGCGGCCAGGGUGGUUGCAAAGGCGCCGCGCAAAUCAAUUUUCGCCGCUGCGUCCGUUAACGGCAAUGGCAAUUCAAUAAAUGGCAAUGGAAGAAGAAGGAUAUUAACAACAACAACAUCAUCACCACCAACACCAACUACGAGUAAUGGUACGGCUACAAUAGAAUUGGAAAUGCCUUCAUCUGGUGCAGCUAAUAGUGCUUUAGAGCAGCUUGAUUUUGAACGCGGUGUUUGCGUUCCUUUUCGCAAGUACAGCCCUGAGAUGGUGAGGAGUAAGGUGUUGGAAUCUAGAGGGGCUAUUCUGUCCCUUAUGGCCCGUGGAAUUGAAAUAGUAUGGAAUUUGGGAUUCUAUUGGUCUACCUUAAUUUUUGAUUUUUGGGUGGGUCGUGACGAAGAAGUUGUUCCUUAUCGCGCUCGUCAGCUUAGGAAUCUCUUGUGUGAUUUAGGCCCUUCCUUCAUCAAAGCUGGACAGGUUCUUGCAAAUAGACCUGAUAUUAUUAGAGAAGAUUAUAUGAAUGAACUUUGUAUUCUUCAAGAUGAUGUUCCUCCUUUUCCCAAUCAGGUUGCCUUCAACAUUAUAGAAGAGGAACUGGGUCAACCCCUUGAAGCUGUUUUCAGCAAAAUUUCCUCAGAAACUAUAGCAGCUGCCAGUCUGGGUCAAGUUUACCGAGCUACUCUACGUGCCUCAGGGGAGGACGUUGCUAUUAAGGUCCAAAGGCCCGAGAUAGAGCCUAUUAUCUACCGGGACCUUUUUCUUUUCCGUAAUCUUGCUUCAUUAUUGAAUGGCAUCAGUCUACAAAAACUGGGAUGCAAUGCAGAGCUUAUAGUUGAUGAAUUUGGGGAAAAGCUCUUGGAGGAGUUAGACUAUACUUUGGAAGCUCGUAAUAUUGAAGAUUUUUUGGAGAACUUCAAAAAUGAUCCCACUGUCAAAAUUCCUGGGGUUUACAAGCAGCUUUGUGGUUCACGUGUUUUGGUAAUGGAAUGGAUUGAUGGUAUACGGUGUACUGACCCACAGGCUAUUAAGGAUGCUGGCAUUGAUGUAAAUGGAUUUUUGACUAUUGGAGUGAGUGCUGCUCUACGACAGUUGCUGGAAUUUGGGUUUUUUCAUGGAGAUCCACACCCUGGAAAUAUCUUUGCUAUGCGUGAUGGGCGUAUUGCGUAUGUGGACUUUGGGAAUGUUGCUGUGCUGAGUCAGACAGAAACUAUAGCAGCUGCCAGUCUGGGUCAAGUUUACCGAGCUACUCUACGUGCCUCAGGGGAGGACGUUGCUAUUAAGGUCCAAAGGCCCGAGAUAGAGCCUAUUAUCUACCGGGACCUUUUUCUUUUCCGUAAUCUUGCUUCAUUAUUGAAUGGCAUCAGUCUACAAAAACUGGGAUGCAAUGCAGAGCUUAUAGUUGAUGAAUUUGGGGAAAAGCUCUUGGAGGAGUUAGACUAUACUUUGGAAGCUCGUAAUAUUGAAGAUUUUCUGGAGAACUUCAAAAAUGAUCCCACUGUCAAAAUUCCUGGGGUUUACAAGCAGCUUUGUGGUUCACGUGUUUUGGUAAUGGAAUGGAUUGAUGGUAUACGGUGUACUGACCCACAGGCUAUUAAGGAUGCUGGCAUUGAUGUAAAUGGAUUUUUGACUAUUGGGGUGAGUGCUGCUCUACGACAGUUGCUGGAAUUUGGGUUUUUUCAUGGAGAUCCACACCCUGGAAAUAUCUUUGCCAUGCGUGAUGGGCGUAUUGCAUAUGUGGACUUUGGGAAUGUUGCUGUACUGAGUCAGCAAAACAAACAGAUUCUGAUUGAUGCUGUUGUCCAUGCUGUGAAUGAGGACUAUGUUGAGAUGGCAAAUGACUUCACCAGGCUUGGUUUCCUGGCUAGUGGAACUGAUGUCUCACCCAUUAUACCUGCUUUGGAAGCAAUCUGGCAGAACUCUGUUGGUAAAGGACUCUCUGAUUUUAAUUUCAGAAGUGUUACAGGGAAAUUCAAUCAACUGGUAUAUCAGUAUCCUAUCAGAAUCCCGGAGAGAUUUUCUCUUGUUAUACGUUCUUUAUUGACUCAAGAGGGAAUUUGUUUCACAAUGAAGCCGGAUUUCAAAUUUCUUGAGGUUGCCUAUCCAUAUGUGGCAAAGCGGCUUUUGACAGACCCUAACCCUGCCCUACGGGAACGCCUCAUACAGGUUUUGUUUAAAGAUGGUGUUUUCCAGUGGAAACGGCUUGAAAAUCUUAUUGUUCUGGCUAAGGAAAAUGUGGCAAAGAUGAGCAGCAACCCUGCGUUGAAAGUGAAUAACACGCAAACGUCAAGAGACUGGCAGGUUGAUAGGAAAUUGGACUUGACAGACACCAUCAAAGAUGGAGCUCGCCUUUUCUUAGUUGAUGAAGGAAUUCGAAGGCAACUUCUUCUUGCUCUGACUGAAGACUCCAAGCUUCACAUUCAAGAGCUUGUUGAUGUAUAUAGACUGGUUGAAGACCAAAUAGAUAUACCCUCGGUGGCUUUGGAAGUAGCACAAGAUUUACCAUCUGUUGCCCGGGAUAUCAUGCUUUCCUGGACUAAUUCCGUUUUAUCUGAUAGAUGAUCAAAGUUAUGAUGUAUAUGCAUCAAUCAGUUCACUAAUAUUGUUGGGAGCACCAAAGCUUGUCUAGUCUUAAAGCUUACAUUCUUCUUCACUUGGUAAGAGCCUCCGUUAUAUAUUGUAAAUAUUCUGUUGCAAUGACAACCAAAUGUUGUAGUUAUUAAUUAGUAAAAAAAGAAAAUAUAAUGUCUUAUUGUAUUAAAAAAAAUAAAAAUUCUUUCGUUUAGAAAGUUAUGUGCCAAAAUUUAUGUGACAACGAGCUUGACAAGGAUUGGCAUGAUAGAAGAAAUCCAUCUUUGACUUUGGCAAUA